CGUUUGUGCCGUUUACUAGGUUAUCUUCCUUUUCGAUUCACGAAUUUUCUGUUGAAUUUUCCGCUUUUAUAUUGCAUAUACAGAAUAUCCUAGGUUUUUCGUAUGACUUUGUCAGUAAGUUUUAUAGGUAAUAUAAUAUGUAUAAGGAUGUACCACUGGUAUCUGAUAGGGAUGAAACUUAGAAUUAGCGAAUACCAUGAAGAGAAGGUGGAUUUAAAAUCAUAUUCCAGUUUCCUUUUUUAAUAGUUCAUACAUUUUGGAAGUGUAAGUUGAAUUUGUGUAUACUAUGAACAUAUGUAUAAUUAGGCAAUUCUUUACAAUUAGCAAUUAAGUUAUUAAUUAUAAUAUUAGCAUCAGUAUGUUAUUUGACCAAUGAUGAAAGGAAAUUAAAUUUAACGAAACGCCGAUACAUAUCUUCCGUGAGAAUACAGUUUACAGCUACAAAUAUUCGUAGAAUGUUUGAACUUUUUAAUUUUAUAUAUAAUUUUACGUAGCUGAAAUAUUUUAUAGAGAACCAUUUAAGUUAUUUGUUAUGUUUUCCAAUAACAAAAUUUAUCUUUUUUAUACGAAAGCUGAUGAAAUUCACGAGAAUGAAUCAAAUUUAUGCUUGCAUAGAUACGUCACUGGAAGGCACCCCAACAUUACUCCCUCUGUUGCAUAUAUUUUUUUCCUCUAUAUGUAUUCCCUUUAUCCGAGGCUAAAGCAGUUAAAAUAAGCCUUAAUAACGGAUCUAUUCAUUGAUGCCUCUGCUAUAUCAAGUAUAUUAUUUAUACUCAAGUAUCCACGUAAUUUCUAUAUUGAAAAUAAUGCCAGCACCUUUUGGACAUGUGUACUCGUCUUAAUUGGUGAUGGCGCGUAUACGGUUUCCGUUCUCGUGGCGAAUUUCGGCGUAUGCGCGCCGAUUUAUGACUGGCAAAACGUUGAAUACGGAGAAUGUCGUCACCGACUCGGAAUUUAAAUCCUGCGACAGUGUGACAACGUUAAGAUUGGAGGCUUUGGAAAAAGCUCUCUAUUGCUGGGAGGAUGCUCUUACGGCGUUCAGCUCUUCAUUCAGUAAUGGUACACUCGCAUUACCGUCGGCAGCGGAUGCGGCAUUUACGCAAGAUGUGCAAGAACUCCUUGAUAUGGGUUAUCAAGUUCAGAGUCAUGCAGAACUCCUUUUUAUCGACCAGCAUUCGGUAUUGUUCCGGAAUGAAGAUGAGGAAAGUAUAGAUAGUCACAAACCUUCGAACAUAGGUAGUAGGAUAUCCGGUAAGGAUAAAGCAGAUGCUGCGUCUUCUCCAGAAUCUUUUGAAUCUGCACGUGAUGGGGUAGCAGAUUUACGGGAAUUUGAAGAAUUCUCCGAAUUUUUCCCGCACUUUGAAAAACAAAAAUUAUAUCACGCUGCACUCAAACAACACGAAGACAAAAGCAUUUUAUGCAGACGGUUGCAUACCGAGUUAGUAAAGUGUGGCUCGGACGUAGAAUAUUUAGCAAAGGUACAUUGCUUGCGACAAGCGUAUACAAAAUUGUUCACUAUAUCUUCUGCCACAGAAUGGAUUGCGGACAUAGGCAGACAAGUCAUUAGUGAUUUGAUCAUGUAUGCAGACAGGGAUCCCAAAGAUUAUCUAAUACAUUACGAACGAAUGUUAGAAUUUUUACAAGAACCAACCAACCAUAGUAUGAUGGAGGAGGAAUUAACCGGAAGAGGCGUUAAAUGUAUAAAUUUCUACGAUGUUCUGAUUGACUUUAUUUUAUUAGAUGCUUUCGAAGAAGUUGAAAAACCGCCUUCAUCAAUUAAAGCUAUUUUACAAAACAGAUGGAUAUCCGCUAGUUUUCGUGAAACUGCUAUUGGAACUGCAGUUUGGUCAGUUCUUAUGGGUAAAAGACAAAUGCUGAAGUAUGAUAAAGGAUUUCUGGCCCAUUUUUACUCGAUUUCUGAACAAAUUUCUCCAGUGCUUGUGUGGGGUUUCCUAGGCCCAGAAGGAAGUUUACGUUCUACCUGCCACUAUUUCAGAGAUCAAGUAAUAGAAUUCCUUGUAGAUAUAUUUAAUUUCUUUAAAGUAAGAUAUACUACUGUCGAUAACCUCGCUGAAGAUAUACUCAGGGAAAUGAAACUAAGAGUCGAAAAUAUAAAUCAAAGACUUUCUCUAGAAGGUUGUUAAUCAUGCAUCAUAAACAUAAGCACUAUAUAGCAGUGUCAAAUAUAUAUGAAGUGUUCCAACAAUCUUUACCCUUUUGUACUUGUUGCAAGUUGCCUGUCCAUAUUUAUGCACAUCAGUGCAACUAUUGUAUGAGUUUUAUGAAAGCUGAUAUUAUGAGUAAAAGAUAAUUGAAUUUAUAAUGUAAUAAUAUUUCUUCAAUCUCUUUCACAUUUACAUUAUUUUGUAUAUUUCAAUUCAAAACACACAUGAAUGAAGGAAUGAUUCUUUAUAUAAUUUUAUUUCUUGUAAUAUGUAUAUUGUAUAGAUUAUGUGUAGAUAUUAAUCUCAAUACGCUUUUAGUACAAGAAUUUAGAACAAGAUGUUUAACCCUUUUAGUUCCGACCGAAAGAAUUGUAUCUAAGCGAAAAGUACCAAAUCAAUUUGAUGUAAUUUGUAGUUUGAGAAAAAGAUCAUAAAAAGGAAAGUAAGAAUGAUAUUUACAAAAUUCAAAACGGAACAUAUUAGGAAAUAAAAGGAGAAUAAAUUAAUGCCAAUUGUAUUUCAAUAUUUGUUGAAAAUCAUACAAAUAAUACUUAUUCAAAAUCAAUAGGAAAAGUAGAAAAAUCAGUUUCUUUUUUUGUAAACAGUAUUUGCAAAUAAGAAGAAUCAUCGGUUGGUCGUAGUUUGAUGUAGAACACGUAAUAUAAAGCAUCAAUACUGCAUUCUUAAUUAUUUGUAACAAAAUUUCUAACAUCAAAACACAAAGCUAAAUGAUAAUCCCAUGAUGCAUAGGAGGAUUACUUGCUCCAAAACAAGUGAGCUAGUAUAACAUCACUAAAAUAACAUUCUAAUAUUAUUAUAAACAUUUAUAGUUAUCCGGCUAUUGAAAAUGUGUGAUAUUUACUUACUAUUACUCAUACAAAUAUUUUACUUAGCAUUGGUGGUUACUAAUGUAUACAUCGUGUAAUCCUUUAUUGCAUAUAUUACAAAUUGUGCGUGAUCUUCGCAUAGGCCCACAAAAAAUUUUGUUGUUGCUCUGUUGAUGCAAGAUUAUUUUGUGAAACAUAAGGAGAUAUUCUGUUCGAAACAGUGUUAUUUAAAAUUUAUGACGGUCUCAAGCAAAUCUCCCAUAUCGGAUUUUUAUUUUGUGGCACUAGCGUACACAGUCUUGGUAUCAACCAUCGCGGAAUAUAACAAAAAGUUAAUCCCAUAAACAAUUUUUUCGAUUUGUAGAACUUCUGUUUGUAGAACUCCGAUUUGUAGUGCUUCUGCAGAAAAAUUCAACCAUUUAUAACGUUUUAUAAAUUUAUUUUGAGAUAAAAUCCUCUCGCGAUGCGAUUAGUAAGGCACCAUCGCACACACAACGAUAUAUCAUUGUUCGGUACUAAAAGGGCUAAAUAUAAUUAUUUUAUUAUAAAAAUGAGUUUUAAUAUAUUGCUAUUAUUUCAAUGUUAUGAAAUUGUUUAUAUACUACAAAAUAGUUAUAAUGAUAUAAUGACAAACUAUUUGUAGCAUUUAAAAGUAGUAUGAUGAAGAUGUUCCAAUUCCUAAUAUAUUCCAUGAAACACUACAAUAUGAUAGUAUGAAGGCACUAAUAAUAAUGUCCUCUUUAUUAAUAAAUUAUUAGAAUAUAUACAGUCUUAAUUAAGAAACUUUUGGAGAAACAUGUUUGGUUAUUUUAUUUCACAUUAUAGAUCUAUUUACAUCAUGUCCUUAUUAUCAAAAUAUAAACAAUAUUUCUUUAUAAUCUCUUAUAAAAAAAUAAUCGCUUAUAAACAUUAUAUAAAAUACAAAGAGUCCAUUGCCAAAGAUAAGAAUAAUAUUGCUACUGAUAACCCUGUGACCAGUAUGAAUAUGUAUUUGUUUCAGUACAGUUAUACUUUACAUUUUAUAUUACCAACAUAGCGUGAAAACAUUCCACUAUUGUAAUUAUUUAAGUAUUACUUCUUGCAAAUCAAUCAUGGAUAACAAAUACAGCAAAUUUUAUAUACAAAGAAAUAAUAUGCUAUGUAAACAUUGUUCGUUUGUCUUCAUUCAGCUUCGCAUUUUAUACUGCACUUAUACAAAAUGAAUACAUGCUAAAAUAUUCGAGACACAAGUAUUCUAUCUUAUUCAAGUAUGGAGCAUGAUUUUUUUCUCACUUAUAAUAAUGAAUGCAGUUGAUAUUAAUAAUAAUUCAUUUACAUUCAUUAUUUAUU